UUCUUCGACUUUGUGCAUUUCUGAAUAACGGUGACCCGUCUCAAUGUUGUGCCACAAAGUGUUUAGGCAACGCUGGGUUUUGGGGGUUAUUUUUAUUUGUUCUCUUUUGUAUUUCUUAGCAACCACGUUCUCCAAGCGUUCAGACCUUGUCUUAGAGGAAUAUGCAUCCAAAAAAACUCUAAGACAAGCAUUUGAAUGGAAUCCACUUCCAGACUCUCCACAGAAUGACAGCCAGACACGAUUUUGCAGGAACUCUGAACAAGGAAAAUCACUGAUAGUAGAUGACAAAGGAUAUGUUUGUCGGAGGGAAGAUAUUCUGCCCAACCGAUGCUGUGAUGUCAAACAUGGCCUUGUGACAAGAUUUGUUUGUGAAAGCUGUGCCCCAAAUGGAUGCUGUAGUAUCUAUGAACAUUGUGUCUCUUGCUGUUUGCAGCCUGAUAAGCAACCCCUGCUGCAGCGCAUUCUGAAAGAGGGACUGGAUGAGACUUUCCAAGUGUUCGCCGCAGAGGUCAAGGACCAGUUUGAGCUAUGUCUGGCCAAAUGCAGGACUUCCUCUCGGAGUGUGCAGCAUGAGAAUUCGUAUCGUCAUCCAAAGGUCAAAUAUUGCUAUGGUGACAAGCCACCUGACCUUCAAGUGGUGACAUCUUGAAACAUCUUCACCAUUACACUUCUGCAUUUUUUGGACAUCUAGUAAAAAAAAC